UUCUAUGUAUAAUACUAUAAUGCUAGAUUGGAUACGUGAUAAUCUCAAAGACCUAAAGCUGGAAGAUUUCUACAAAGCGUUCAACUUCUCACACAUUUUACGAAGGAGAGCGAUUUGUUUGUUAGAUUCUUUCAAGGCGUGGACACAAUCAACCAGUUGUGAACUGUAUUUGCUAAGCGUAAAAGCCGCACUUGACAGGGCAUCACACGAAGUUACAGGACGAAACUUAGCAUACGAAACAAUCAAAACAAUCAAAGAUUUUACUAGAAAAAUCAACGAAGAAAAAUCGCUAAACGAUGAUGAAGAAUCUGCCAUUCUAGUAAUUGAAGAAGAUGAAGAGUCUUCGUCAUCAUCUGAAUCUGGGAUUACACCUGUUAAUCUUUCGAAUAUCUUUCUUGCAACUGCAUCUUCAGAAGAAGUGAAGAUGGUUAAUAAAAAGCCGAAAAAUAAAUACAUUACCCGUGAUAUAGCAAAAGAAGUCUUCAAAACAUAUCAAGUGCAUGUUUUAGUAAAUGCGAAGUUAACAUAUAAUGAUCUUCAAGAUCCUGAGGCUAAGACUGUAAAUUUUAGUGAAGGACAAGGCAUUGAUAAAUUUCUGGUCGAUUGUGAUGAUGAUGUUUUGCAGUUCUUAAAUAAGUUUGAUUAUGUAUCAGAUUUGGACUCUUUAGGAAGAUGCCUGGAUGAAAAUUUAAUUGGUUACUUCACAUCAUCAAAUGACCUCAUUUAUGUGCAAAACCUUUUCACCCAUUUCUUCCACUUGUAUAAAAAUUAUAUCCUCCUCCAAUCUAUGUCUGAACACGAAUUUAGUGCAUAUAUAUGGACUCCGUUACUAAGAAAUGCAUUCUUAGGGAAAAUAGAUCUUAAACUAAGCUGUGGUAAAUUGGCAUCAAAGUCUUAUGACAAGCUUAAAGAAAUAUUAAACAUUGCUGGACGUAGUACCCCCAAACUUGAUGCUCAAGAAGACGAAAUUCUAAAUACUUGUGGAAAGAAGACUGGUGACCUUCGAAAGUUGGAGUAUUGUACAAAGAUUAUAUUAACAGCUCUGUUUUUCACACUUCUCUCCACCUCUAAAGAUAACAUUAAAGAUAUUGAAGUCUAUAGCCUUCAAUCAAAUGGAUUUUGUCUGACAAUAUCCGCUUUAAAGUAUCUUUUCAAUAAUACUAUUUUUACCAUGGAUCUACAAGAUAUUGAGAUCCCAAGGACCGUAGAAGGCUUUUCAAAAUUAAUAUUGGCUGUGAAAAUUAUCUUAUCUUGGAAAACUAGGACUAAGAAAAACACAGAUGCAUUUUAUCAAGUUUUAAACGAGAGUCAUAGAUGCCUAACAAAAGGUGUUUUUUUUUCACCAAAAAAGAUUACUAUAUAG